GGAUUAAUGGCUCAGUUAUGACUUUCUCUGUACCUUUGUGUUAACCUCUCGUGCAAUUUACAGUGAUUGUUGAACUAAAUCUUGGAUUUCCCUUCAGAUAUUGUAUAGUAGAUGGGGAAGAUGAAAGAUUUUGCUGUUCAGGUCGAGGAAGCAAGAGAAGGACAAGAUGGGAAGCCGUCGGUUGGUCCUGUAUACCGCAACCUUCUUUCCAAAAAUGAGUUUCCUCCACCUGAUCCUGAAAUGGCUACAACCUGGGAUAUUUUCAGUUUCUCUGUUAAGAAGCAUCCCAGAAACAAGAUGCUUGGAUGGCGCACAUUUGUUGAUGGCAAGGUAGGGCCUUAUGUCUGGAAAACGUAUAAAGAAGUUUAUGAUGAGGUUCUACUGAUUGGUUCUGCAUUAAGAGCAUCUGGAGCUGAACCUGGUUGCCGGAUUGGUAUUUAUGGAGCCAACUGCCCCCAGUGGAUUCUAGCAAUGGAGGCCUGCAAUGCCCAUGGUUUGGUUUGCGUACCUCUGUAUGAUACUCUCGGCCCUGGGGCUGUAAAUUUUAUUAUAGACCACGCAGAGCUUGAUUUUGUAUUUGUACAAGAUAAGAAAGUGAAAGAACUUCUAAAUACAGUUUGUACAUCUGCUCAACGACUGAAAGCUAUAGUUUGCUUCACGGUGUUGAAAGAGGAAGAGAAGGAUAUGGCAACUCAAAAGGGGAUUAAACCGUACUCAUGGACGGAGUUUCUCCAAAUGGGAAAGGAAUAUCCACAGGAGAUUUUUCCACCACAACCUUUCAACAUCUGCACCAUUAUGUACACAAGUGGCACCAGUGGAGAUCCCAAAGGUGUUAUUUUAACCCAUGAAACAGUUGCAACUUUUGUAAGGGGGAUAGAUCUUUUUAUGGAACAAUUCGAAGACAAGAUGACAGUAGAUGAUGUGUUUCUGUCAUUUUUGCCUCUUGCUCAUAUCCUUGACCGUGUCAUUGAAGAAUAUUUUUUCCAUAAGGGUGCAUCUGUUGGCUAUUACCAUGGGGAUUUGAAGGAGUUGCGGGAUGAUAUAAUGGAGCUGAGACCAACAUUUCUCGCUGGCGUACCCCGAGUUUAUGAUACAAUUUAUGAAAGUAUUAAAAAGGCUCUAGAUGAGCUCAAUCCGAUAAGAAGGUGUAUUUUUAACGCUCUCUACAAAUACAAACUUGCUUGGAUGAAUCUUGGGUAUAAACAGAAAAAUGCAUCACCUCUUGCAGAUCUCUUGGCCUUCAGGAAGGUUAAAGCUAAGUUAGGGGGUCGUCUUCGAUUGUUAGUGUCUGGAGGUGCACCAUUGGGCUCCGAGGUAGAAGAAUUCCUGCGGGUUACUUGCUGUUGCUUUGUAAUCCAGGGCUAUGGAUUGACAGAAUCUUGCGGUCCAGCAACGUUUUGUUUUCCAGAUGAAAUGUGCAUGAUUGGUGCUGUUGGUGUCCCUGCUGUGUAUAACGAAUUGCGUUUGGAGGAGGUUCCAGAUAUGGGCUACAAUCCACUUGAAGAUCCUCCACGUGGUGAGAUAUGCUUGAGAGGGAAGACUAUAUUCUCUGGCUACUACAAAAACCCCGAACUGACAAGAGAAUCCAUUCAAGAUGGGUGGUUCCAUACAGGUGACAUAGGGCAAAUUUUUCCAAAUGGAGUUGUUAAGAUAAUUGAUAGGAAGAAAAACCUCAUCAAGCUCUCACAGGGAGAGUAUGUGGCACUAGAGUAUUUGGAAAAUGUUUAUGGCAUCACCCCAGUUGUUGAAGAAAUAUGGGUCUAUGGAAACAGCUUCAAAUCAAUGUUGAUUGCUGUAGUUGUGCCCCAUGAAGAGAACAUCAAAAAAUGGGCAUGCUUGAAAGGUCAUAUGGGUUCAUUCUCUGAACUCUGCUGUCUCGACCAGACCCGGGAUUACAUCCUCUCAGAACUGAAAUCCACAGCUGAGAGAAACAAGCUGAGAGGUUUUGAAUACAUCAAAGGAGUCUAUCUAGAGCCUGUUCCAUUUGACAUGGAAAGAGAUCUAGUGACUGCAACAUUGAAGAAGAAAAGAAACAAUCUGCUUAAACACUACAAGGCUGAAAUUGAUGCACUCUAUCAGAAACUUGAGGCGCAAAGAAGAAGCUGAAGGGUGUAUUAUUAUGAGACUGAAUCAGCCACCCAAGAUUAUGCAUUAAUAAUUGUUAAGAGUUAGACAAUAAAGAUUUUACUUAAACUGUUUAACUGGUGUUCCAGACAAUCUGCCUAAAUGACUGAUGAUGCUUCAUGUAUGGUGUUUAAAUAUGUUGUUCCUACUAAGUGUAAAAAACAAGAUCCCAUGUCAAAAAAAAAAAAUAUAAUAAAUAAAUAAAUAAAAGAGUGGGUUUAAU